AGAAAAGAAGAAAAAGAAAGAAAAAAACCGAGCCGAAAAACAACGGAGCCACUCAUCUCAUUUUGGAAUCUGGACAGAGCAGCCCUAUCCGAUUAACCAAAAGCAAAUAACAGCUGUGUACUCCAAUUGUCGCUUCUCUCUCUUAUUGAAUAAAUAAUAUAUAUAUAUGGGUAGUGCAGUUCACGGGAACCAUCAUCAUCAGCCACGCUUAAAUCCACACGCAUUAUCCAUCGUUACCCUGACCCACUUUCCCGUUUGGUCCUUCAUUUAUUAGUUCGGUUAGAGAUUCCAAGGCACUCACAUUGAUUGCACCUUACGGUUGGUGUUGGAUGUGUAUUGUGUGCGCUUCCUUGAUUAUUACAUUUGCUUCUCAAUACCCAUUUUCCUGCAUAACAUCCAUCUGAUGUUCUGCUAAUUGCAUUUAUUGAUUUAGCUCUCCAGCGUGACCUCUCUUCGUUUCUUAUUGUUGUUUCCCUAUUAUCCAUUUGGGCAUUUCUACUUGAUCUACAUUGGUUGUGUGAUUUCUCGACCAAUAUGCCGUCCUCGAUGCUUUUGACCAGAGGAGAAAAUGAAGAGAAAGUAGGGGAAUAUUGUAGGAAACAGUUUUGCUGAUCAAUCACAUGAGUUGAAGGAUUACAUCUCAAUGACUGUGUCCAAAGAGACUGUUAUGACUAUCAAGUCUUACCAGAGUCAGGCUCAGGUUCUGGUUAAGAACUAUUUAUUAGCAUCUCCUUUCAUUCCGUAUACUUCUGUCCUUGGCGGCCUAGUUGCUUCCAAAGUGGCAUAUGAUCUUAGUCAAUUAAUCAGCACUUUUUAUAUCAAGGCUUAUGCUGGCCUUACAAAAAUGCAACGAAUUGAGUGGAACAAUCGAGGUAUGUCUUCAAUCCAUGCAAUUUUUAUCACAGCGGCAUCAUUGUACUUUGUUUUCUGGUCCGACCUCUUUUCUGACCAACUGCCCACUGACUUGGUUACUUUACGAAGUUCGCCACUCUCCAUUUUUGGGCUGGGGGUUUCUGUUGGGUACUUCUUCGCUGAUCUUGGGAUGAUCAUCUGGUUCUAUCCUUCCUUAGGAGGCAUGGAGUAUGUUAUCCAUCAUUCUCUCUCUGCAAUUGCAGUAGCAUAUUCUAUGUUUUCUGGAGAAGGCCAGCUUUAUACAUACAUGUGCCUCAUCUCCGAAGUGACAACUCCAAAAAUUAAUAUGAGAUGGUAUCUAGAUACUGCUGGUAUGAAGAGAUCCAUUGCAUAUCUUAUCAAUGGUGUAUUGAUCUUUUUUGCUUGGUUGAUUGCAAGAGUUCUGCUGUUCAUUUACAUUUUUCAUCACAUCUACCUGCACUAUGAUCAGGUUAUCCAAAUGAGUCCCUUUGGUUGUCUUGUGGUCUUUGUGGUGCCAUCAGCACUAUUUAUCAUGAACUUAAUGUGGUUUGCUAAGAUCUUUAAGGGAUUGAUGAAAACCUUAGCCAAGAGACAGUGAUAGACAUAUGUAUUAUAAGUAUGAGUUCCACUAAUAUGUUGCUCCCACAGUGGGUGUAAUAUUCCUGUGCAUUUUACUGUUUUUUCCUUUUUCUGUUGUAUAAAUCAUUGAAGGGUAAAAGGGAAAAAUAGAAAACAAAAGAAAGUUGAAGCUACACUCAUAUUCUGAGUUGACCAAGUUUUGUUCGUGUAAAUGCUUUACAUAUACUCUUUUUUGUGGUCCUUCAAGUUUCUAUAACCUUCUAUUAAACUGUUGUGUACCAUUGCAACUUCCUUCUGUGCCGCUGCCUGCGUUAAUUGUUGCAGCUUCUGAGCCGUUUGGGUCAGCCAUGAGGUGUGUUGGAGGAGCACCCACGAUGGAGGAAGGCGGUUGUCACCACAUGGGUUUGACUGUGGGAUCACUCAGGUUGAAGUCAUGGGAUUUUUUUUUAUUCAUUGCUGGUCAACAUUACCAUUUAAUUUUCUUUCUUGUUAUUCAGAAACAGAAGGUAUGUAGCAUUUAUUUAGUGUCUUGGGUCCUUGUACUGAAAUAAUUAGAAAAACAGAAAACAAAGAAGGCAGGACUAUAAACAUGCUAGCCUUUCUUUCUAAUCAACAAGGUUUGUUUCUUCUUUUUUGAA